AAAUUACAAACCACCGUUUUGCACUUCUGCGUGACUGUUGCUGUCGCUGCCGCGGCUACUGUAACUGCUACAGAGUCUGCUGUUAUUGCUAUCGGUGUGUCUGUUAUUGCUUUAGCUGCUUGCUAUUGCUGCUGCUGCCGCUGCCGUAAUCGUCGCCGUUUCCUGGUUUUAUUCGCUCCAUCUUUUAAUGCUACUCACUCGGUUUACUUUCACUUUUGAUUAUUACCACGUAACAAAAACAAUUCUGUUUACAGUGGAGGAGAAAAAGUGAAAAACGAAAACAAAAAAAAAUUAAAUUAAAAUUGCAAUAGAAUUACUGUGCUAAAAUUGAUAAAGCCAAUGAACCAUAUGGAAUAUUUACAAGAAUACUCGUGUGCCAAACGUUACUAUGGAAACGUUUCGACUACCGUCAUAUUUUCGUCGCUUCCUCCACCUCCAGUCUGAGAUAUAAUUAUUGAUUAUGCUGGAUAACGUAAAGAUCAAAACUAAUCUUCCUUUUAUUCUCUUUAGAACCUUAUACUGACAAAAGCCUACAUCAAAGCACAUAGAUCUUUUACAGGCGUAUUAUAAGCUAACGAAUUAAUUUCCCUUCCACGUACAUGCAAACGCGAAUGCAACUACGCAUAGUAGCAGUCAUAGAUCUGUGGAAAUAGACAUUCUAGUUAUUUCUCAUUCCUGUCAGCGUGCAAAUAUUCUCUUAUAUGCUGUCGUAUACCUGUCACCGAUGUACUCAGGUGAGUACAAGAGCGUAUUUUCCGUGUGGAACACUGACACACUGAUUCACGGAAAAAAUGUAAAAUAACACACACACAUAGAUCCAUAGGUACAUACAUACAUAUAUACAUACAUACACAUAUACAUAUAUGUGUGUGUGUGUGUGUGCAUGUGUGUGUGCAUAAACCUACGUGUGAGUUCAUUGCGUCCAAGUAAUUACACAAAAGACAAGUAAACAAACACAUUUGCAUGUGUCCAUACACACCACAAAUACACUAACAGAGAUAUGUGCGUGCACACACACACAUUCACAUCUCUACGGGAAAUAAGAGUAUUCGGAUUCAUUCGAUGUAUAUAUGAGGUGAUAAGUUGAGAAAGGGAGAAAGGAAUUUAUUGUUUCCGUAAGUUAUUAAACGAAAGAGUUUGUCUGCAGACACACAGCAGGUGUUGUGUGCUAUUAAGCACAGUGAAAUGGCCACUCUGUUUAAAGCGACGAAACCAAUUAUUGCAACAAUUGCUAGAACAAACAGAACAACAUCAACGAUAGCAACUAUUCCAACAUAGCCUGACAUAACAUCAGUUUGAAUAUUCCUCAACUGGUCGGAUUAAACAGCUGUACGUAACCAAAUAAUUUGCAGUAAAGAUUGUGAGAUCUUCUACAAGACAAUCAUGGGUAUUCCGCUAACUGGCGCUAACCUUUCGUUGAACAGUUCCCUGAUGAAACAAUCGACUGUAGCCACAGAAGAAUCAACGCUCAACUACACCCUAUCAAUGCAAGAAGACGUUGACAAUAUAGGUUCCCUUUAUUAUGUUGUCGCUGUUAUAUUUAUAUACGGGUUUUCUAUUGUGUUAAUGAUUGCUUCACAUAUCAGAAAAAAUCAACAAGAUAAUCAGCUACGAACAUAUCUUAAGGAAAUGGCACUCCUUAGAAAAAAAGAUCGCCGAGAAAAAAUACUUAAUAAAAUGAAUACAAUCACCACAAACAUGUAUCUAAAUAACAACAGCGGUGGUGCUAACUCGAGUAAUUGUGCGAUAGUUGGUCCGACAACAAGCUCGCUCAAUACAGCUACAAACAAUAUACCACAAUUUAACCAGGCAGUACACCAUUGCUGUUUAGCAAACAUCUCUAACUGUAAUGAACAUAGUUUCAAUGAGGUGGUACCAGGGCUUGGGAUUGGAGCCACACCAUCAGCAGCUUCUUGCCUGACUGCGUUUCAUACAAAUAAAACCAUGCCUUUGACAGCAUCGAAUGACUAUAAUAACGCGUUUCCGGAUGAAAAUUGUUGUCAUGCAACUCAGAACAUCCUACAGAUGAAACCUACAACGGGUGCUUUGUUGGCAUUCACCGAUGGUCAUCUUUCUAAUCCGAAAAGAAGUGACGAAAUAUCAGAAAUGAUACCUUUGCAAGCGAAUUUAUCACACAUGAAAUGCCAACACCAAACGACGAUGCCUACAAACAGAUGUUUGGAAACGAUAAUAAACCUUAGCGACACGACAAAACGUCAUGUUCCGAAAAACGAUAAAAAACCGCUUGCACACAUUGAUAUCAUAAACGAAGAAGUGACCACUUAAAAAAAAAAAAAGAAAGAAAAACAAUGGUAUUUUUAAAAAAGAUUUUAACUGUAACUAUUAAUUUGAUAUUAAAAGAAAUUGCCAUCAAAUCUCUCAGCAGAAAACAAAAAUCUCAUAUGUAGACGCAAUAUCGCUUUCAUACUCUUGUAUAAAUGCACACACUUCAAAUGCUUAUAUUAGCACUCACUUAUUCCAACAAUUAUUGUUUGAUAUAUGAAACUCUGGAUAUAGAACUACUAAACAAAUGUUGUGGUGCAUCACAUAUAUGUUCUGUGUGACAGAAAGCACGUGUACCUGUAUGUUAUCUCGUGAUAUUUAACUUCUUGAUCGGUCUUUAUCUUUGCAGAUGAUAAUGCGAUGCUUACAUUGUGGUUACUAAUCCCCUUGUAUCAGAAAGGGGAAGGUGAGAUAUCACAUUUACUGAGUCUCUCACAACAUCAAGGAUCAUAAAAUAUUAAUAGAAGUGUCCAGUGUGGUGAAAUUAUUUAAUCAACAAUUUAUAUUUUCUUCUACGCUUGUUUCCAAGCGACACACACACACAAAGUGCAUUUCCUUCAUCCUGUGAAUAUAACACAAUUAUUCUGCAUGGCCCCAGCAUGGCCACAGCCCGUGAGCUGAAACUAGAUAAAAUAAAAUUAAUAAUACUGUCCUAAUAUAUAUAUAUAUAUAUCAUACAGUAAGCAGAUAUCAUCUACAUUCCAAUUUCUUACAUAUAAUACAUGCAUAUACAUAAAUACAAACAUAUACAUACACACACAUAUAUAUACAUACA